AUGAUAAAUCCACAUGAAUACACGGCUAUUCAUGGUCUUAUGACUUUAUUGAAGUAUCAGAAUAAUUACCCUGCAGAUGGUACGGGAGCUAUGGCUUUGGCAGCACAAGCUAAGAACUUGCUUGGUCCUAAACUUCCUCCAAUCAUGGUGGAAUACUCCGCAGCUACACAAUUGGCAUUAUUUGGUGAUUAUCCUGACAGUAGUGAUAUCGGUCCAUCUGCUUUGUUUACUGCUUUGUUUUCAGUUAUCACAAUCUUACAUUUCGCCGUGUUUGCGAUCAAUUAUUCUAGAGGACAUUACUUUUGGUUAUCGAUCGGUUGGGUCUUUUAUUCUAUUAUUAGAGUUUUGGGUUUUGGUUUAAGAAUCCAAUGGAGUCAUGACUUGACCAAUACCAAAGUAGGUAUCGCUAGUGAAGUUUUCUUGGUUUUGCCUACUGUCUUAGUUGCGUCAUUCAACCUUAUAUUGGCACAGCGUAUAUUUACUUGGAGACAUCCAGUUGGUGGUUCUAAACCAGUUUUCUGGAGUUUGAUGAUUACAUUAUAUGCUUUAGUUGCUGGUGUCGUUGUAAUGACCAUUGUUGCUUCUGCUGGUUUGAAUGUCUAUUUGCUUUCAGAAGCCAAUUACGCUAGAUACAAGAAAGUCGUCAUGACCUCUUCUAUCUUGAUUAUUCUUUACUCAUUAUGUGCUCUGGCGUUGAUUAUCUUGGCUUGGUUGUUUAAACCAACUAAAAAUGAUGAAAAUUUGUACACUUAUCAACCAUGGUGGAUUGAAUCCUUCAACCCGUUGUACUUUGUUAAAAAAGGUGAACCACAAAAGGCUGCUGCUUCAUUCAUGAAAAGAAACAGUAAUCAUCGUCAUGCUAUAAGAGUUAUUGCCGCCACUGAUACCCACCAUAACACAGUGAAAGGCUUAUCCAAUGAUAGAGGUGAAUUGAAGCAUAAUGUUUCCAUCGUUAUUGUUACUGUUACUACAUUGAUUAUUUUGGUUAGUUCUAUUUUGCGUGCUGUUGUUUGUUUCCAAGCACGUAUGAAAUAUGAUGCUGCUCCAGUCGGUUCUGCUCCAGUCAUGUAUGUUUUCUGGGGUGCUUUGGAAUUUAUUGUUAAUUUGCUCUAUAUUGUUGGUCGUGUUGAUUUGAGAUUCUACAGACCAGAUAGAUUACCAAAAGAUGUCAGAAGUAUAAUUACCGCUGAACAAUCCGAUGUUGAAAGUGAUCCAGAAUUGGACAACAAUUUCUCGAAUGAAAAACAAAGUACUGUUGAUAACGAGCCAUCCAGACAACUUGGAAAUGAAAUAAGAGACGAUAGCUCAAAUCAUGAUAACGAAAAUAAUGAUGAAGAUUUAUUUUUUGAACCUGGUGAAGAUGAUGAAGAAGAUGAAGAAGAGGGACAAGAUAAAUUUGAUUUCCAUGACGAUAAAAAACCAGACACUGCUUUGCCUUAUCCGUACAAAGAAAAAGCAGAUUCACCAUCUGAAUUCCGUUUCUAA